AUGGACUCCAAUCUGCAGGGGACAUUCCUGCUCAACAGCCCCUCGCUGGCCCCCUUCCCGGAGGCGAAGGCCCCCAUGUGCCAGUACGCGGUGCAGAACUCCUUCUACAAGCUCAGCCCGCCAGGACUCAGCGCCCAGCUGGCAGCCGGCACGCCGCACGGCAUCACCGAUAUCCUGAGCCGGCCAAACAGCAGCCUGCUCUCAGCCUACCCCCACGCAGGCGGCUUCAACGGCCUGGGCUCCCAGCCCGUCUACUACGGACCCCAGGUGGGGCCCUUUGCCAAGGCAGGGAGUGACUACCCGUCCCGGGGCAGGGACGGCUGGGCAGACCCCGGUCAGGACUGGCGAGGAGGCCGACCGUGCGGCAGCACCCCGGCUCACCUGGCCGACAGCAUCCACAAGAAGAAGCACACGCGCCCCACCUUCACCGGCCACCAGAUCUUUGCCCUGGAGAAAACCUUUGAGCAGACCAAGUACCUGGCAGGGCCCGAGCGGGCACGUCUGGCCUAUUCCCUCGGCAUGACCGAGUCGCAGGUGAAGGUGUGGUUCCAGAACCGACGGACCAAGUGGCGGAAGAAGAGCGCGCUGGAGCCCUCGUCCUCCUCGCAGCGGGCGGUGGGCGAGCGGGCCGCCUCUGAGACCGAGGACGACGAGUACAACAAGCCCCUGGACCCCGACUCGGAUGACGAGAAGAUCCGUCUGCUGCUGAGGAAGCACCGGGCUGCCUUCUCGGUCCUCAGCCUGGGAACCCACAGCGGCUGA